GGCGUGACGUAGCACGCAAGUAGUAAUUUCAGCUUCGCAAACUGCUGCGAAAAUCUCACAUUUUAGCUAAAUUACCAGGCAAAAUGAAGUUCUAUAAGCGGCGCUUAGCCCCUCCCAAGGUUGUAGUGCAGCUCUGGGAAGCCGUCAACUACGUCCGGCAACAGAAACAGAUUCCAAACCAUGAGCGACUCGCCAAGUUUGUCGGUAGGGAGCAUGGGAUGAAGCCGAGUGAACUCGAUGACCAUCUGAAAGAAGCCGUCAAGGAUGGCUUGAUUCAUUCGUACGAGAUCAUUGGAAACAAGGGGUCAAAGGUCGGAAUCAAGCAGGAAGGCUUUAAAGUCCCUGACCUCACGGAUUGUAAUGAGAGGGGAAGUCAUGAUUGGUAUUGUUUUGAGUGUCACAACCCUGGUGAGGUUGUCAAGUGCAAGGACUGUUGGCGCGUGUUCCACGCAGACUGCAUCGACCACGACACGGACGAACCUCACUACUAUUGUGAAUUCUGCAAGACUUACAAGAAGAAGAGUAAGAUUCCACGUCGAGAGUUAAAUCGCCUUCUGAGCUUCACCAUCGUCAGACUCAAAGAAAAGACACGAGAGUUACAUCGCAUGGGGCUGAAGGAUGAAGAACUAAAGUGUAUGGCCUUCAUUUACAAAGACAUGGAUUUGAAUACAAUGGAAGAGAAGACUCUGGCGAGAGAAUUUACGCAUCUGGAGGAGUUUUAUGCGGACACGAGGUUGAUACUUCAUAAUGUCAUGAUGUGUUACGGAGAAACAAACCAGAUGACAGAGUUGGCCAGGUCCAUGGUGAAGGAGUGCAUGUACGAUCUUGAUGAGAUUCGACUGUGUAAAGAUUGCUACUUCAUGUCCAACGCCAAGCCCAAAGACUGGUUCUGCGAGCCCUGUUCCCCACCCCAUGAUCUGGUCUACGCCAAACAACGAGGAUUCAACUUCUGGCCAGCCAAGGUCAUCAAGGUCACCAGGGACGGCUACGAUGUCCGAUUCUUUGGAGGAUGGCACCAGAGGGCAACCGUACCAAAGUCCUCCGUCAAGCCGAUUGACACGAACCCGAAACACAUCACGGUAAAAAAGACACCAAGUAACCUGACAGGUUUCACUAAGGCCUGUGAGGAACUCCAGAGGCACAAGGAGCUACUGGAAAAGCAACUUGAAAAACAAUUAGAGAGGAAACGUCAAGGGAUUACGGAGUCGGACAUCGAUGAUCUCAGUGAUGAUGAGUUUGCGAAUGUGCCGCGGUUGACGCAUGUCGGCCAUAUUGAAGAUGAUGAGCACGAGGGUGAGGAUAUGGAUCACGAUCAGGAAGCACCUGAUAUGGAUCAGGAGGAAGCUGAGGACGCGCCGGAGAUGGAUGCGCCGGAACGGUCUGAACCGGAAGAUGAAGCGGCUGUUAGCGACCCGAAGAAAAGCAGAGGGACACCGCAACCGGAUAAGGUUGAGGAAACGUUACCGCCGAAACGACGACGGAAAAAGCGGUCUCUGAGUAUCGAAUCUGCCGAGCGGGAAUCGACGGUUAAGAAACGUCCGUCGAAGAAGGCGGGCAUUGAGCGGGAGGAAUCUGAAAGUGAGGCUCCGGUGAAGAAGGAGAAGGUGAAGAAAGAGAAAACGCCCAGGAGGAAGAAGAAGACUGAGUCGAGUGGGGAGACGGAGGAAGAGAAUGAGGCUGCGGCGGCCAGCAAGGUCACAGCUAUGCGGAUGUCUGACGAGCAAGCGCCCACCCCUGAAGAUGUCAAUCUAGUCACAUCGAGUGAAGAUAAGGUCCCCAAAGUUAGCACAUGUCAUACAAGUACACAGACUCCAAAGAAAUUCCAGGGAGCAAAACCCGCUGCGAAGACUACCCAGACUGAGAUUGACGAGGAGCCCAGUGCCGAUAGCGGUAAGGGUUGCAACUGUGACACCAAGUACCAGAAAGUUGUCAGUGAUCUGAAGGACCGCAUGAAGAGAAUGCAAGAAGACGAGAAGGAGAAGGCUUUGAAGGAAUUGUCGCAGCGGUUACAAAAAGAUUUUGAACAAGACAAGCAGCAGGCGGUGUCGCGGGCGAUUACGAAUAUACAACGCGAGACAGAUCGCCAGCGGAAAAAAACAGAGGAGGAAGUCCGUGCAAAAUAUAUGGAAGAAAUGAAGAAACUGGCCCAGAAACACAAGGAGCAAACAUCAGUCACCAAGAAAAAACAAUGGUGUUACAACUGUGAGGAAGAGGCCAUGUAUCAUUGCUGCUGGAACACUUCCUAUUGCAGUAUCACCUGUCAACAGGAACAUUGGCAUAAAGAUCACAAACGCGUCUGCAGACGCAAGAGAUAAACGUCAACAAACCACCAUUUGAAACGAUAUUGAACUAUUCCAUGUAAAUAUUGUAUAAAAGAUUGCUGUAUUCUCGCCAGCGGGCGUGGACGGGUCGUAGUGUCUGUGCUGGCCAGUAGGAGGUGUUGCUGGCUAGAUGUCAUGUCACGUUGUCAUGGAGAUCACUGGUAUUCAGUAACUGGGGAAUAUUCUUGAGCAUUUGUUAGCGAUUUCAAGUCUAAUUUACCUCUUUCCUGAUCAGCGCCUCGAGUGAUUGGCUCAUUGUUUGAAUACAAAAUGGCCGACUUUGGUCAGGUUUGUCUUUCACAAUAUUGCCGGAGGACGAGUGUUGAUGGUUAAGUACGACAGUAUGCGAACCGGCCGGUGCCCUAGCUGAUCUUAGGGUGAUGGAAUAACUGGGGUCAGAGGCCUGUUGUUAGCCACGAGCGUCCUUGUGGACUUUGCGCUAAACCCUGUCUACUUAUCUCUUGUUUAGCCCUAAUGUAAAUGAUGACAAAGACAUUGGGCUCUUUGAAUUAUCAAAAUUUUUGAUAUUUCCGACAUCACGUCAGUCGUGACAUCAAAUAAACGCAGACUGAACCCAAAACUUGGCAAAGUUCAACCACUCCACCGCAAGAGGUGCUUAUCUGGUAAGAGGCAAAUUGCAGACAUUCACAUCUUGACAAAUUUUCUUUCUUAUAUAUUUCUAUCUGUGUUGCAAUUCGCAAGUGUGAAGUGUGAAUUAUAAAAGUCGGACAUUGUUAAUAGUCGUACUUCCACCUAUCAAAUCCCCGUGUCUUUUGCGCUUACACCUAUGAAUUGCCGUGUCUAAAUAGACCUGUGUGUCAAAUCCCCGUGUCUAUUAGCCCCAUCAAGCUCGAUGGGGCUAAUCGGGGGCUAAUUUAGACCCGUGUUCAACACGGGUUUUUUGAUAGGUGGAAUCUGAAUAGACACGGCAAUUGCAAGUUCUAAGACCCGGUGACAGAUGGCGCGGUGUAGUUGCCUCGGUAUUGCGCAUGCGAAAUUCCCCUCCAACGGGAAAGAAACACAGGAGAGCUCCCUACCUACAGCGCACCUGUCGCCGGGACUAUUAACCAUUGUCUAACACCACUGAUAGGUGUAAGUGCACCGCGGGUUUUUUGACACACGGUGAAGAAACGGGUCUUGAAAAAACACGGGGUUUUAUGAUAGGUGGAACUACGACUAUUGUGUUCAAAUAUCCCAGUUUACAGUGUUGAUUAUUUCACUUGGUACCUGACGUUUCAAUCUAUCAUAGUGAAGUGGCUGUUUAAAGUAUGAAGUCGGCACAGAGGUGAGGGUCCACUAAAGCAAUUAUGAAUAGAGCACGAAAAGAUUAGUAGGGACAGUGAUGUUUGUCUCAAAUAGGUCAUUUCUAUCAUGUUUUAAUUCUGUAAUCAGGACACCUGUAUUAAGGACAGUGUUGCCCACACCGAAGGAUGUCCUUCAUGGAAUAUUCAGCUGCAGUCUCUAGCCAAUUUCAUAAAACUGGCAUUAACUCUUUCGUUACCCCAUCCGGUGUAAACUAGGUCUGCGCCCUGGCCCGUACAUGUACAAUGGAACCUCCCUUAACGGACACCUCGUUUUUAAGGACAACCUCUCUAUUCAGGACACUAGUUUUGGUCCCAAAUUGGUUGUUUCCAUUCAAUUUGACCUCGCUUAUAGGUACACCUCUCUAAUAAGGACACCACUUUUCAGUCCCAAGGGUGUCCUCAAUAGAGAGGUUCCACUGUAUUGGUACUGCUAAAUUGUCCCCAAGUUCUAUUAUUCCACUACAGUCCUUAUACAUGCAAGUCUUUUGUUAGUUACACCUGAAAAAACAAGAUGGCAGCACUGCACUCUGCUCAAUCUAAGAUUGGGUGAUGUUUGGCUAUUUUACAAUGAAACUUUUCCUGUGACUAGUUAGGAUCCAGGUCACCCAGUCUAUGCCAAAUGUGAGCCAGGGGUACAAUACAAGCCCUUGAUUAUGAAGGGAUUCUCAAAUGAAGGUUACCAUGGUCUGUUAUGUGCUCACCACAGCUUUCAAUACUUGAUGUAUCUGAAGAGGCACUCUGAACUUGGCAUGGACUUAUCAAGGAGCUGCUCACGGUGCUGAACUUCUAGCUUGCCUGUCGGCGAAGUGCCUUGCCCGAGACCUGGCUACUUGUAGGAGGAGCACGCAUUUUAAAGUUAUAGUAGUGAUAGUGCAAUUGGUUCGAGCCAUUUGGAGGCCGACAUGUGAAGGCCUAUCUGGGUUCUCCUUCUUCUCCGUAUAAAAAGGCGCAUAUUGCUGACUAAGGAACGAGGCAUUGCCUCAUCAUCUCUAUCGGACCAAAUGAUAUACUUUUAUAUGCACGCAUAUAGCACGCCACAGCUAGGUCCGAGUCUGUGGACAAAUGGUUGGUUUAAUUUGUCUCUUCGAUAUGGCUCCUUUGAUAUUGCAUUAGAUUUUCAUUGCAAUUCAAUCUAUUCAAGGUAUAGCAUAUUUGAACCUGCCUGCGCCACAGGUACAAUGCUAGUACACUUUAAUAUCCCUGUGGUAACGAAGGGUUAAAGCUACGAGAGUACAAGUCACAGAGGUCUUGGCUGCAGGUUUUGAUAACCUUUUCUUCCAGUUUGUUGUGUGAAUGUGUGUAUUCUGUCCCGUGAUUAAGAACCUUUCUCUAGAUACAAAUGUAAAUUGAGAUUAUAGUAUUUCUAAUUGUUUUAUUGAUAGUUUUAUCAGUACAUAGGUUAGGAUCUUAUGUAAACAUACAUUUUUUAGAGAUAUUUAAAUUAAAUCCCUCUUUUUGUGGUUGACGAAAAUGGUACUUGUACAGAGUGGCUAAGAAAGUAGGUUACUUUUGGCCAGUGCUGUAAACGCGGAAAUACUUGCGGCCAUUACACUUUGCGGUUUUGUGAAGUAGCUAAUGUUGCAUACUUUUAAUUUAUCAGCAACCUCGUUGCUAUCAUUUCAAUUUAUUUUAUUUUCGCCGCCAUAGAGUAAAGAAACGCGAAAAUAAACGGCACGCAAGUAUAUCCUGGUUACCUUUGUGUUUUCAACUAACUUUUCAUUUUGGUUAUAGCCCCUUUCAAUGUUUUGAGACAAAUGUAAUAUUCUUUUACUAGAAAUCACUCAAAAUCACUAAAAAAAAUCUUACUGUAAAAAUAAUUGUGCUCUAUUGUGAAUUGUCCCUGGUGACACAAAAUUAAACGUAUUUUAUAAUUUAAUUUCUGAGCAUCCCAUCAUGUUAGAGGCGAGUGUAAAUAGUCGGAUUUUAUAAAUAAGCGAACUUGAAAUACAUGUAUAGCUGAUAUACUUUAAUCAGGAGUGACAAUAAAUAUUGACGAAUAUUGACAUUUUGUGUUGUGUCAGGUGCCCCGCAACAGGUAUAAAAUUCAAUGCUGCGACCUAGAACAAUUAUUGCUGCGAUGAGGGAUAGUAACAAAUAACGCUCAUCUGCGGGUAAAACUAGUGAGAGUUGGAUUUGAUCUUGAUCACAGGUUGUGGUGAUCACUGAUUCUUGUCGCAGGUGCCAGCAAUGGAGAGAUUUUUGUCGCAGUUCUCAGCAACAGAAAUUGAUAGUUUGCGGCUGCAUUUUAUAAUAUUGACUUUGACUUGAGGUAGCUUUAGUGUUGGCACAUUUUCUUCGAUAAUGACACAAGUUGUACAGUAUGUCCCAAAAAACAUUUCCCCAGGCCCUCAAAAAUUAUACUGGGGCCAACGGGUGUGGGCAGGGCAAAUAUGAGGCAGACAAAUUUAUCUUGUCAGUGUGCAAUGUAGGGGUUUAACCUGCUCUUCCUGAAGAUGUACGAAAUACUUCCACAGAUAAAACUUGGUCAGUGUCUUUCUCAGUCGCAGAGAUUUGACAUCACGAGUUGAAGUACCUAGAUACACAUUUUGCUACUCUAAUCUCCCGCUUCUGAGUGCCAAAAUACACAGUCUUCAUGCAUUGUUUUGCUAACUGUGGAAUGCAAUGCUUUUGCAGGGUAAUACGGAAGUUUUAAAAAAAUGAUUAGUGACAUGUUUUUGGGCCACACUGUACCGCUUUGAUUUCUGAUCAGUGACCUUGGAAACCCUUAACCACUUAAUGCCGCAAUAAAGUUUUUCUUACCUUCCCGCUCGGCCGGAAUUAAUUGCAGGAAAAUGUAAUUUUUCUUCUUUACAGCGGCCAUUGAUCAAGUGCUGCCAGCUGGUGUUUUUGUGAAGAACUCAGCCUCCUCAGUUUCAGUUUCCCACGAUUGUUUGAAUAGGGUUUUGAGUACAGGAUUUCACAUGGGACAAUCCUGUGGCUGGCUGACGUAUAUAUACGUCUUACGGCAGAGCGGUUCAGAUACAGUUCGCGUAUAUAUACGUCUUACGGCAGAGCGGUUCAGAUACAGUUUGCGUAUAUAUACGUCUUACGGCAGAGCGGUUCAGAUACAGUUCGCGUAUAUAUACGUCUUACGGCAGUGCGGUUCAGAUAGAGUUCGCGUAUAUAUACGUCUUACGGCAGAGCUGUUCAGAUACAGUUCGCGUAUAUAUACGUCUUACGGCAGAGCGGUUCAGAUACAGUUCGCGUAUAUAUACGUCUUACGGCAGAGCGGUUCAGAUACAGUUCGCGUAUAUAUACGUCUUACGGCAGAGCGGUUCAGAUACAGUUCGCGUAUAUAUACGUCUCAUGGCAUCAAGUGGUUAAGAAAUAUUAUUGUACACAAUGAUUUUACUACAGUUUGUUAUUGUGGGGAGAAUAUAUACAUACUAUCAUAUUAUGUUAUAAUACCAGAAUGAAAAGAAGAGAAUAAAAUAUUUCACUGUUA